AUGAGUUUGACUUUAACUAUAUAAAAAUAUAUAGGUGGAUAAGAAUAGGAAUAUUUUGAAAAUGUAGUUAGAGAAUCAACAAAAGGGAGAAAUGAUAUAACAAAAAUGAUUGAUUCCUUGUAAAAUCGUGUGAAUGCUGAAUAUGAAUAUUCAAAGAAUUUGGAAGAUGGAAUUUCUGAAUUGGUAUUGAAUAAGAAUUCAGCAGAUUGUGCGGUGAAUUUAGAAAAAAUAAUAAAUUUAUAUUGUAAUGAAAUAAGACAAAAGAUUAAAGAGUCGAGAGCAUAUGCAUAAUUUAUUAAAGAUUACAUAAUCAAUUAAUUGAGUUUAUUAGUAAAAGAUUAAACAAAUAAGGUGAGAGGAUUGAUAUCUGAUGGUCGUAAGUUAUCUGGGCAAUUAAAACUAGAAAGAACAGAAAUUGAAAAGGUAUUAAAAUUAUAUAGAACAACUAGCUUAUUAGUUAAUUGAAUUUAAAAAAAAAUGAUUAUUUUCAACAUUAAAUAAUGAGGUUUUCACAAGAGUAUUUAAGUCAAUUGCCACCAUAAAAGAAAAAUGAAAAUACAUUAAAAUCAGAUAAAUUGUUCAGAAAUCUUAAAGAAUUAAAAGAAAAACUAAGUAACUAAUAAACAUCAUAUGAAUAAUAUCUAUAAGGAUAUGAAUUAAGGAUUUCAAAGAUAGUUGAAGAGUUUUAAAUUUAAGAUUAAGAUAGAGUAGAGUUAAUGAAAAAAGCAAUGAAUUAAUUAUUCUAAAAUGAAAGAGUUUUUGAAGUAAAUUAUUAUUAACAAAAUAGAAUUUAAAUUAAAUUACUGCUGAAUUCAGUCUUUAUAGGUAUAAGGAAUAAUAUUUAAAAUCAUUGGUUAUCAAAUAUCAAGAAUAGAAAAGUUUUGUAUAAUGUUCAGUUGAAAAAGUUGAAAAUAAUUGGUUAGAUCGUAUUACUCAUUUUAUUGAUACAAGAUGUCAGAGUAUUUAAUGUGAUAGAGAAUAGAUAACUUUAAAUAUGGAUAUUUUGAAAAAUGAUUAAUAAACGAUUAAUAUAAUGCUUUAACAAUAAAAUUCAGAUUUGAUAACAAAUAUUUCAUUAUGUUAAGAGAGAAUCCAUAAUUAAAUGUAAGAGUUAUGGACAUCUUAAGAAGUGAAUUUAAAAUCAUUAAUAAAUUUAUUAAAUCGCAAUUUGAUUGGAAGAUAGAUUUGGGUAUUAAGAUUUUAGUAAUUCAGAUUGGAUAAAAAAUUUGAGAUUUGUUAGAUUUCAUACAAUAAUACUAUAAAUUUAUUAAAUUAAAUUCUAGAUCUGGUAUAAUAUUUGAUUUUAUUUGAUAGUGUUUGGAAGAGUAGGAUGCUUUUACAGUAAGAAAAUUAAUGUUGAUGACUUUUACAUUUUAUAGGAUUGAGAAGACUGAGAAAGUAUUUUUGUUUGAUGGUAUUCGAAAACAUAUAAUUUUUGAAAAACUUGAUUUAUGGGAUGCUAUAUUCUUUGAAUGUUUACAUGAGGAGAUGAAAAAACAAUAUUCAAUGAGAGUUAAUGAAAAUCUUAAUGAUUCAAUUGAUAGGUAUAAAUAUAUUAUUUAUAUUUAAAAGAGAAAAAAAUACAACAUUUGGAUUCUUAGGAUCAUUAAUAGAAAAUAUGUUAAGUUUUAGUCCAUCAAAGUAGAAUGUGAGAAUUUUAAUUUAGAAAUAUAGUAAAUUGUAUUAACUUAAUGAAGUUUAAAUAAAACAACUACUUUACAUCAUUGAUAACUCUAAGUAAUACUAAUAAAUAUGA